AUGGGAAAGUUCUGUUGUUUCCCCUUUUUCCAACGCGAGGGGAACGAGGACACCGAGGACGUGGAACUCGACGACGUCCCCAGGCAGAGGCCCGUCGCAGCCCCUGUCAACAUGCAGUUACCGCAGCCUGCGAAGCUAGCCGGCGGUAAUUACGACUUCGAGCACUGGAUCGCUAGCAACAACACCACCGGCUCCCUGGCAUCGUCUCGAUCGCACACGCGUACCCCUGAAUCUUUUCUGCCUGACCCGAUCGGCGUGGAAUUCGAUUCUGACUCCGACGACGACAUUCACGCGCCCAAAACAAACAGUGGCGCUGCUGGUGCGGUCCGUACGCUGGCUCGACGCCUAUCCCAGGACGACAAGAAGCGUGCGGCUGCCAGCCAAGUGAAGCUGCCUCCCGAUGUCAUCAAGGAGCAGGCUGCCCUUAAGAGGGCUGAGAAGGCGGCGGCAGCUUACCGUGCCGAAGUGAGACGCAAUUCGAUGGCGAGAAUUCAGGCUCAGGCCGAGAGCGAGAACAGCAGUGCUCGGUCCAUUUCCACGCGAGGAAGUAACAGAGUCUACGAACUGGAAACGGUUGUUGAGGAUCCAGAAGAUCAUAAAGACAACAUCCGAAGCGGACCCCGAGACGAAGUCAAGUUCUCCGUCAUGCCUGGCAGCCCCCUUCGGGAUGUCGAUUACCCGUCACCUCCUACUCGCCCUCGGAAUGCAAAGCUUCCUGACGAGACACUCAAGUCCGACCCCGCCGAUUACGACAUCAAAGAACGUCGACGAGACAGCUGCCCUAGGCCCGAUACCGGUUCCAAGGUGUCGGCAGUCCUUCAAGAGCGACCGUCGAUGCCCAUCAUGCCCCCUCCCCCAACCCUCGUUGCUAAGCAAGCCCCCGACGAUCAAGAUGACACCUCCCUCAGAACUUGGGAGCUUUCUCAGGCCAACACUCAGCGCGACAGCCAAUCCAUUCUCAUUGUCCAGUCCGAAGAUGCCGCCACUGGACUGACACAGGACACCACCCAGUCCAACAACGUCUCUGAGAGUCAGCACCAGUCCGACGAACGCGACAAAGAGGUCCCUCAGAGCAACGAUCAACCCAAGGCAACCUCUGAGGUCGCCACUGCAUCUGAUCGCUCGCGGGCUUCGGAGUCCUCGCAGUCUCAAGACGGCAGUGCUUGGAAGGUUUGGUUGCUUGCUCAGAAGCUUGGCUCCCAGGAGAACUCGGUUGCCGCCGCCAAUGAAGCCGCCGCGCAGACCGAGGUCGUGUCCUCUGGCAAUGACGAGGCGAACUCCAAGGUCCUGGGCUCUGCUACUCUUACCGGCUCGGGAACCUCAGGUCAGCUUACCAUCAGAGCUCCACUCAACUCGCCUGACUCCAACUCACCAGACUCUCCAAUCGAUCUCCAGAGCGCCUUGGUGAUGAACCUGGAGAUGGAGAACGAGAUGGAUCGCAUGAUUCAGCAAGCUGAGGAAGAGGGCGCGCUCUGCCAGGAGCGAGCCGCCGCGUACUUUUCUCAGCAGGCCAUCAACCACGGCCAGCUCGACAAUUCGCAGCCGUCUCCGCAGGUAUCCGAACAAGAUCAGAUGCAGGAUUCCAACACGACUGUGAAGGAUCAGGAUGGUCCUCAGGUUGCCUCAAAGACGGUCUCAUCCUCAGCGAUGCCUACGUAUCCCUCUUCCUCAGUCUACUCUUCGACCCAAAACACGCGCCCACCUUCAUUCUCGACUUCAAAGGAUGCAAGCAGCGACGAGAACAGUCGCUACAUCCUCGAAAGCCUCAAAGGGAUUGAAUUUUCCCCAUUCGCCGGUAUGCUUUCUUACGCAGUAUCUGCCUUUCAGGCCGCUAAUCAGCAAGCAGUUUCUGGCAAUCUCCGAUUUGAGCGCUCUGAUGACAGCUACCGAACAGCUAUGAGCAAGCGUUCUACUUCUGAUGCAGCUCUUCCUUCUGUUGCCCUCCCCUCCGAAGAGAUUGCCCGUGACGAGAACAAUGCGAAGCUGGAGACUCAGAUCGAGACUCAGACUGAGACUCAUUCCGAGGCGCCCGCUAGCUCCCAACUCCACAGCCGCAAGUCGUCGUUCCUGCAAAUCUUGCGUCACCGCAGCCCAUCUGGUUCCAAGGGUCAUAGAAAGUCGAAGAGUCAGCCUUCUGCGAACCUUGCCCCUUUGAACACUUCGUCCGAGUCCUUGGAGGUUCAAAAGCGCUCUGGCCAUCUCAAGAAGCUAUCAAACCUCAGCAUCAGGUCCAACAUGCAGCCCAUUUCCACCACCGAGGCUUUCGUUGCCCCGAAGCUGAACGAAAGCACUACAAUUAUCUGGAAACGAGCUUUUGAGGUUGAGCACCAUCAGCGUGAGAAAUCCGCCACACCCUCUUCGAUUCGGGUCAGCAAGUCAGCCACACCUGGACAAGCCUCGGCAGGAGUUGAUGUGACUUCUGCCCUCAAGCCCAACGAUACGGCGGUGGAUGCUUCCCUAUCUCCAAAGCCCACUGCCACCCCUCCCGCAUCCUGGGCUAAGUGGGCUUCGCAUACUCGGGCUGAGCGCACUGCUGCUGCUGGAUCAGCCGAUGAUGUGAAGCAAAAGGAUUUCGCUACCGUCACUGCUUCGAAGGACAAGCAAAUUUGGGUCACUGACAAAGACUCGGCAGAGCUAGACGCGGAGGUCAACCAGGGCACUCAGUCUAUCUCCAAGAAACUGGGCAAGGCGAUGAAGACCGGCCUGAACAAAAUGGUCGCAUCCAAGUCGAAGAACAAGCAGUCUGCUCAGCUGGAGUACCCUGAGCUGGAGAUUCUGCCGACCAAGGAUGGAUACAAGGAUCUCAAAGCUCUUGAGGAGAGCAUUGCAGCGAUGAAGAGCAGCCAGCGUGCUAAGAUGGCGACUAAUCCUGCUCUGGCCAUUGCUGAGGUGGAAAACGAGUCGCAGCAGUCUAUCAGCAGGACAUUGCCUACCCAGAUCUUGGAGGCUGAGCAUGCCAGACACGAGUCUGCUGAUGACGCUGACUCCAGCUCUGGUAGACACAACAUGGUCGCUAACCCGAUCAGUGAUGGCAUGACUGUUCGCCCUGUUACCCCGGCCAACCUUGUGGCUCCCCAGACUGAUGGCUCAGCUACCGCGACUACUGAGAACUGGGUCACUCCAGUUAGCCGCAUGUCUGAUAGCCCUGCUUCGGGAGCGAAGGGCGGGUACGACUCCGAGGCAGAAGACAAUGUCUCCAUUGGCAACUCGAAGUCCAUCACGAAGGCUUCGGCUUGA